AUGGUUGAUGAAGUCAUUCCAUUCUGUUUUCGUCCAGAAGACUAUUCCGAACGAUCACUCGAAACCUAUGUUAAUCCGCUUUCUCAAAAACUAACUUUCGAAGAAUUACGCCUGGCUCAUAUUACUUCAGAAAAACUUCUCUCAUGGUCAAUUUCGAUUGAUGUAGCUCAACGAUAUCAAUUGUAUCUAAAUGAACCGAAAGCUGAGUCUAAUGAGAUUCUCAACAAUUGCACUGAACCUUGGUUUGGCCCUCGGUGUCAAUAUUCGUUUCCUUCCGGUGGACGUAGAUCUUUCAACCAGAUUGUUGAAGAGGCUUUUAGUCAAAGGACAGCCUUUCCUGAGGCAUCUGAAGCGACAGUACAGGUGCCAUGCUAUGUCCUUCUGGAAUGUCAUCGUAAUGGACAGAGUUGGUGUCUUGAUUGGCGCGAAGUGUGCAAUGGAAUCGUUGAUUGUUUUGAUGAAGGUCUCGAUGAAGAAUAUUGCUUCGAUAUGAAGAUAAAUGACAUUGGAGAAAAUGAAUAUCGAUGCUACAAUGGAUUAUGUACAUCAAGCGAACUUCAGGAAGAGGGUGAAGGCGAUGCCGACGGUCUUGAUCGAUCAAAUUAA